CCCUGUUUCCGUUCUUACAUUUCUCCACCCUACCUUUCACACACAGACCGAGAAAGUGAAAGAGAGAGUGUGAGAGAGAGACACACAGAAUGUGAGAGAGAGAGAAUUCUAAAUUUGAUAUCUAAAAUCUAUAAAAUUUGAAAACAGUUUCACCAAGAAUGGGGGAUUACGUCGAGGAAGAAUGCGAUAUUGAAGUAGCAAAGCAAUCUAUUUCUACCACAGAUGAUAAAAAGAAUUUCGAAUCCACAGCUUCCGCAUCUGUAGUUCUAAUCCAGAAGUUUAUUGCAGAAGUGAUAGGAACUUACUUUGUGAUCUUCGCGGGAUGUGGAGUGGUGGCGGUUAAUAAGAUAUACGACGGACAGGUUACGUUCCCUGGGAUUUGUGUAACAUGGGGUCUCAUAGUCAUGGUCAUGGUUUACUCCGUCGGUCAUAUCUCCGGCGCCCAUUUCAAUCCCGCCGUCACCCUCACUUUUGCCAUUUUCCGUCACUUUCCUUGGGCUCAGGUGCCUAUGUAUAUGAUUGCCCAACUACUAGGAUCAGUCGCUGCCAGUGGUAGCUUGUGUCUAGUUUUAAAUGCCAAAGCGGCGGAUUUCUUUGGUACCACUCCUGCUGGUUCUGAUGUUCAGUCUUUAGCUAUUGAGAUCAUCAUCUCCUUCCUUUUAAUGUUCGUCAUAUCAGGCGUUGCUACAGAUACCAGAGCGAUUGGAGAACUUGCAGGAAUGGCAGUUGGAAUGACAAUAACGUUAAAUGUAUUCGUUGCUGGACCGGUGUCUGGAGCAUCGAUGAACCCAGCAAGGAGUCUUGGUCCAGCCAUUGUGAUGCACAACUACAAAGGGAUUUGGGUUUACAUAGCAGGGCCACCCGUCGGCACCCUUCUUGGAGCUCUAUGCUAUAAUUUUAUAAGAUUCACAGACAAACCAUUAAGAGAGAUAACCUCAAGUAAAUCAUUUCUCAAGAGCAUCUCAAGAAAAUAAUUUUUAUUUGUACAUUUAAUUUUUCUAUACAUCUUAAAUUUUGAUAAAUGUACAAUGAUAAAGUAAAGUGGCUUUAUCCAUAGUUGUGUUCUAUCUGUCUCUCUCUCCGUCUCUCUCUCUCUCUCUGUCUCUCUCUCUCUCUGUUCAAGGGGUUUAAAUAUUUGAGGGGUUUAAAUAUUGGCCCCGACUGUAUUGCUCGUUCGUAACAUCUUCUUAUAAAAAAAAAGAAGAGUUUAUAUAUUGGCCGAGUUAACUUCAUUC